UAACAAAGCACCGACUUGUCUAGAGACAUCGAUAAAAAGGUCUUUCGCAGCCGCACGUCUUCAGAAAACGUUGUUGAUCCAAAUUCAAAGAGAAUCUCCGAAUCUCUCAUCUCAUCCAAGAGGUUUUCUUCUCAGCUUUAUCUCAGAUCGCUUCUUAGCUGUUACCAUGCCGAAGAACAAGGGAAAGGGAGGAAAGAACAGGAAGAGAGGAAAGAACGAAGCUGAUGACGAGAAGCGUGAGCUUAUAUUCAAAGAAGACGGACAAGAGUACGCGCAAGUCCUUCGCAUGCUCGGCAACGGGAGAUGCGAGUGCAUGUGCAUCGACGGCACCAAACGUCUCUGCCACAUCCGCGGCAAGAUGCACAAGAAGGUUUGGAUCGCGGCAGGUGAUAUCAUACUUGUCGGUCUGAGAGACUACCAGGAUGACAAGGCUGAUGUCAUCCUCAAGUACAUGUCUGACGAGGCGAGGCUUCUCAAGGCCUAUGGUGAGCUUCCCGAGAACACUCGUCUCAACGAAGGUAUUGCUGGUGAUCUUGACGAUGAUGAGGAGAAUGGCGCUGAUGAUGUUAUUGAUUUUGAGGACGAGGAUAUCGAUAGGAUCUAAGGUGUUUGUUUGGUUUUUGUUUUUGCUUUAAACCUUUUCUGGCAGCUUUGUAUUGUCAGUUUGAGACGCAUGACUUCUGAGUUUACAGAAGAGUAUACUUUACAACUAUUAUGUUCUUUA